CCUCCAACGAAGAGAUGUUCCAGUCACUUUGGAGGCACAAAAAGUAGCGUUUUUCAUGCAUUCGUUACAGAAAAUAUUAUGCGAUACUGGUACAAUAAAGCGAACAUUAUACGCAGUUCGUGAAAUUUGUCACACUCGCCGCACGCGUAAAACAAACAGCACUCGCCUUCGGCUCGUGCCGUUGUGUUACUCGUGUGCGGCUCGUGCGACCAACUUCACCGCCUGCCUAUAAAGUUCGCUUUCUCGCACUUGUAUCGCAAAGUACUAUUGUAUGAGUUACCGGCUGAAUUAUCAAACUCUUAUGUGCUGUCAUCUGUAUGAAGAAAUUGAAAUUCUUUAUGGUCAUUUAAAAAUGGCGCUUUUAGCUCGUGCGAGCGCUAAUGUUAUUUUAUGUAUAAAUAAUUGUUAUUCUAAACUAAUUUUUGAUCGUGUCAGUGCACGAGAAUGUACAAAAUAUACUCAUACGAUUAUGAGUGGGCAACGACUAUUUUGUAAUGAACGUGUCGUUCGUACAGUUCAUUCGGCUGAAUCAGAAAAGAAUAAAUUUAUCCCAUUUGAUGAACUAAUUAGUCAUAGGCGACAACAGGCUGCACGCAGCGUAUUGAUUCAAGUUCAGUCUGAAAAAUCGUGCAGUGAACUCUAUAGUUAUUGUUCCCAAUUUGGUCAUAUUGAAGGAAUGCACCAUUAUACUGUACACCAUAAUACACAUUUUGUAUUGAUAGAAUUUAAGAAAGUGUCACAUGUGGAGAAUAUCUUAAACAAAGCAACACACAUGAAUGAAGAGCAAAUAAUUCCAGUUGAAGGUUCGAUGUUUUGGUUCAGAACAGAAAAGACAAGAAGUAAAAUUUCUGUCUCUAAAGAUGUUCCAUUGCUGAUCAAGAAUGGCUGUUCUAUACCAACAGAUAAAGAGCUCACAGACUUAUUACUCAGUGCAGAAACGAUGUCCGAUCAAAUGGUAACUCUAUACGAAACAACGAAAUUGAAUGACAUCGGUGUUAGGAUUCGAUUUCAAACAGCACAUCAGCUAGAACGUUGUUUCUCUGGACUGUUUCCACACAUUAGUGUUUUACCUUUUGGUUCCUCUGUCAAUGGUUUUGGUAAACUAGGCUGCGACUUGGACUUAGUUUUACGUGCAACUAAUGUCAAUGAGGAGAAUUUAAACAGUCGAUUAGUCUAUCACACAAAAACAAUUAUGUCAGAUGAGAGGUUGCAGACAAAAAAGUUUAUGGAAACUAUAGCAGACACCAUGCAACAUUUUGUUCCUGGUAUAUGUAAUGUUCGACGUAUCCUGCACGCGCGUGUACCCAUAAUAAAAUACGAGCAAUCGUUCACCGGUGUUGAGUGUGAUCUCAGCAUCACAAACCUGACUGCAGUGUAUAUGUCAGAACUGCUGCGUCUCUACAGUGAGGUAGACUGGAGAGUAAAACCAUUAGUAUUUACUCUGCGGAAAUGGGCUGAAUGUGUUGGCCUAACAAACAGCGCACCUGGUCGAUGGAUAACAAAUUUCUCCUUAACACUCCUCGUACUUUUUUACUUGCAAUUUAAACAAAUUCUACCAAGCUUAUCCACCCUGAAGAAACUGGCAGUGAAAAGGGACACUCGUGUUGCUAACUCCAUGGUGGACUGUACGUUCUUACGCGAUCUUAACAGAUUACCCGAGAGGACGACAAACGUGACAACUCUCCAGGAACUUCUCCAUGGCUUCUAUGAAUUCUACUCACAGUUCGACUUCCAUACAAAAGCUGUGUCUAUACGUGACGGCACUACAAUAAGUAAACCAGAUUACUCUGCCCUCUACAUCUGCAAUCCUCUGGAGCCGAUGCUGAACGUUAGUAAAAAUGUCAGUAUCGAGGAAGUAGAAAAACUGAAGGUAAACCUGCGCGAGGCUUCCUGGUUACUAGAGUCAACGGAUAAUAACAAUCUCUUAACAAUACUUCAACCCAAGAAAGACUUAAUGACUCUCGUAAGAGGUAAACGUGUCGUGAACGUCGCCGUGCUUUUUGGCGAAGACAGUGAAGAUGAAAAGACGAAUGUAGCCAACAAACAGAAGACACUCAGUGGAUCAUUAAAUAAAGAUCGGGCUAGACGAAGACGUCAGGUGAAUUUUCGUCGCCACCCUUGGAACAGCAAAGGUGGUAAAUCCUCACCUACUGUACAUAAAUAAACGUAAAAAAAAGCCAUCUGAAUCACAAUCCAAUAAUUAGAAAAAGACAACUCUUAAUUUAUAUAAUGUUCUUUAAUAUAUCGACUUCGACGCGUUCUGAGAUAUUUACAGAAUACGUGUUACGUUUU